UACACCGAGGACUGGAGGCAGGACCGAGGAAAGAAAAAGCUCGCUUCAAACAGCAACAUUUAUUCUGGUCAAACUCCAAAAUGUUAAUCUUCUGAUAGAGUCAGACGGUGAAACUCUCUCGGGCAUCUUUAGCUUUAUCAAUAAGAGGUGUUAGGUUUGGCUACUGUAGGUUAAUAACGGUGAAGGAAACGUGCGGCAUCUGGUGAAGUUGGAAAGUGGGCUUAACCAAAGUGGACUUUUUGAACCGGAAGAUUCACAAACAGCUGUUACUCCUAAACUAGGAGCAGAGGAAGCCGAGCAGCCGACGACGUGGACAGUAAAAGCGAAGGGGGAGUGGAGAAGUGAAAGGAGAAGGUAGAAACACCAGCCCAGCUACCUGCCUGCCUACCUGAGAGUGCUGUGUCAUGGGGAAACAGAACAGCAAGCUGCGGCCCGAGGUCCUGAACGACCUGAGAGAGAACACAGAGUUCACCGACCACGAGCUGCAGGAGUGGUACCGCGGCUUCCUCAAGGACUGUCCAACUGGCCACCUAACUGUGGAGGAGUUCAAGAAGAUCUAUGCCAACUUUUUCCCCUACGGAGAUGCCUCAAAGUUCGCCGAGCACGUCUUCCGCACGUUUGACACCAACGGAGACGCCACCAUCGACUUCAGGGAGUUCAUCAUCGCCCUGAGCGUGACAUCUCGUGGCGGGUUGGAGCAGAAGCUGCGCUGGGCCUUCAGCAUGUACGACUUGGACGGGAAUGGGUACAUCAGCCGGGCAGAGAUGCUGGAGAUAGUUCAGGCAAUUUAUAAGAUGGUAUCCUCAGUAAUGAAGAUGCCUGAGGACGAAUCAACACCAGAGAAAAGGACAGACAAGAUCUUCAGACAGAUGGACAUUGACAAUGAUGGUAGAUUGUCUUUGGAGGAGUUCAUUAAAGGUGCCAAGAGCGACCCGUCCAUCGUCAGACUGCUGCAGUCGGAUCAGGGAGCCUCUCGUCAGUUCUGAGGACAGUGACAAUAAUAGACGCAUACAUUCCCCCAAAACACCAUCACAAACCCACAUCUGUCGGCUGGUCAUCGCCACAGCUCACUCACCAGACAAUCCUUUCAUUUUGAACACAAGUCAUCGUCUUAUUGUUUACAUUAAUGGGUAAUUCUCUUUGGUCAAUGUGGCUCCUUUCCUGUGGACUAUGACAUGCGUUCAGUUGAGGUAUUUUGCAUUUAUGCUUUUCCAAAAGCUCUCUUGACUUGAAAUGUUUUUUACCCGUUCUCCAUAAGUGAAGUGCCAUAUCAUAUAUUUAUACUGACUGGAUUAUGUGCUUGCAAGUAUUAUAAAUCCCAUUAUGCUACACCAGGUAGAAACUAAUUAGAUCACUUCUUAUAAUUUGAUUCAACUCAACUGUGUUGAAGAGUGGCUUAUGUUGCUCUUCUGAAUGCCUUCCAUAUUGCAUGUGCCCGGUGAUUUGAGUUUUCUGAUAUUGUUACAGUUCAUGUGAAUAAUGAGGCCGUGGUUGUUUUUAUUCCUUUUUAUUUUUGUAACAAAAAUUUUGUUUUCACACAAUUCAAAUAAAGUCGUGUAAGAAAAAUCUACACAAGUCCCACAGUAUCCCCUUGUGGACAAACAUGAAAACCCAGCAAGAUUCUCCCUUACUGGUUUAAAAAGGAGAAAAAAAAACAAAUAUAGAAAGAGUCACAUAAGGUUGAUAUUAAAGUGUUACUUUGACAAGUCCACAUUUUAAAACAGGUACGUGAGGGUGGCUGAGAAGGGGAGAGACGAACAACAUUUGAAAAAGACGAAUGAACAACUGAAAUGCCACAUUCAUAGCCUCCUCCCCCUCUCAGCUGGCGGCUGCCGUAUAAACAUGCAGCUUCUAAUGUUCAGCAGGUAUGUGAGGCAGAGUUCACUCCAUAGACAUGACACA